AUGGCACAACACAUUACACUCUUCACUUUCCCGCAGGGUACUAAAGUACCAGCAACCCCACUAAAUUAUGACAAUUUCAAAGGAGGAAGAAAUCGCACAGAGGGCGCAUUUCGUCUUAUUGAAGUCAAGGGUCUCACGCUGAGCCUUCCAGUUCUGAAUAUCGUUGAAUUUCCCGACAUAAGAUUUGGACAUAAUGCAGCACGCAAGCUCAAAAAUCUUCCUAUGUCUCGCAUCAAGUACACAGCAAUCAGCCAUGUCUGGAAUCCUUCCCCUGAGGUUGAACUUCAAAUGAACGCUAUGAUUGACACGGACUUGUUUGGGGUAGAAUUUGAUCCUCUGUAUGACGGAACAGGACUAAGACUGGUGAAUCUUAGUUGGAUUGGCCUGGACCAAAUGGCAAAUGCUGCCAAGAUGCAAGGUUCCAAUUACAUAUGGCUCGAUCUUUGCUGUAUCGACCAACCGGAUAGGAAGGACAACGAGACGAAGUUUCAGAUAUCAAUGAUGGCCGAUAUCUACCGGCACGCGAACAAUGUCAUUGUUAUGGUCGGCGGAGCUGGCUGUGUUAAGCACACCGAUCAAGUUAGCCCGUGGAUGGAAAGAGCUUGGACCCUUCAAGAAGCGAUCCUUAACAGGAAGACCUUUGUUUGCGUGUUGUGGCCAAACUCUAAGAGAAAUGUGACGUAUAUUUCCAAAGUACCACCCGUCGAGUGGAAGUUUCAACCGGUGAUAGCCGCAAGACCCGCGCCAAGAAUCUCGCCUGGGGACGUUUGCUGCCUCAUUCCUCUCAAAGACCUAAUCGACAUGGCUGAUGUGAAUUUUUCUCAAAUCAAGCCGUUAGGCUGUCCAGAAAUUAGCGUUCUCGAUGGAAUGACGCUCAAGGCCGGUAGUGCACCAAGACUAGCGCUACGGGCAGCAUUCUUAAACUCCCCUCUGGCGAUAAAGUACACAGGCGUGUGGAGGAGCAUGUUUAUGCGAACAUCGACUAAGUCUAUUGACGUUGUCUACAGCAUCAUGGGGAUAUUUAACCUAGUAAUCGACCCAUUCAAAAAGAACCACGAUCCUUCUUUCAUGUUCAAUGAUUUGGCCCGGAAGACAGGAGCGACACCAAGUAUUGGCUCAUGGGGGUGGCUAUCUAUUGGCGGAGUUACUGGUAGCGACAUCCCGUUGGAUACCACAUCUGGAAUAAUUCCACGGUUCCCUCACGAUGAAGCGAAGGUUGCUUCCACGACCAAUCAGCCUCCAGAGAUGGAUUUCGGAGGUAGGUGGGAAUGGGUUGGUCAUCAUGUUGAUCACUCCCCGUUCUAUGUCACAUCGCCAGGCUCUUACAGUACGAGCCACAAUAUCAACUUCAUGACCCAUUCUCAGCCACAUAUCAUAAAUGCGACCAUGAUUCCUGUGAACCAUAAGCCCAUGUUAAUAGGCUCGAGACCGGUUGCGACUGCUGGCCGGAAAGGUGUGAAAAGAACAGUCUCUAUGCUCAAGCUCAUGAAUUAUUCAGGGCGAUGUGUUCACAACGGCGACCUCGCUGGACCAUGGAGCCGGCCUGGAAGUAUUCAGGCCGUCUUUGUAGGGAAGGUUGGUGAUAUGAGCACAGCGGUCGAAGUUGCUAAACCUCUUUCUAAUUAUACAGGGAGUGAAAAGAAAUGGCAAAUCGUUGCAAAUGGUGCUUGGAAUCCAUCGACAGGAUGGAAACUUCCUGUAUCUAGUCGCUCAAUCUUCAACGUCGGUUAUCGUGCACAAGAGCGAUUGAAGAAAUGGUCGGCAGAUGACAAUGUGUGGGUAGACCAGAGGUAUCAGCUAUUUAGGCAUAGUUAUGGAGUAGAACCCUUGCGUGGAUGGUUAAGCGAUUACCCCAGGGAAAGGAAAAUAAAAUGGUUUGGAUCCAAGGGCUCCAUACCCCCUAUGGCUUCUGACCUUGUGUGGCGAAACUUUGAGUUCAAUUACGAUUUGUUGAAAAAUUUCGUCUCUCUUAUGAACAAAGUGAAUGAGAACGACGAUGAUUCAGAUGAAGAGGAUCAUCAAGAUGAGGCGUAUAUCGAAAAAGAAGAGAAUGCGCCACUAGACGAUCUACUUAAACAAGGACACAUCCACCACUUGCGAGUCCUAUCCUGCAUCGUCGACGAGAACCGUACCCCGCGAACCAGCACAACACCGACACCCUACAAGAUCUUACAGCAAGGCUCGAUGCCCAUGACUUAUAGUUACGGGGAUUGGCUGAAAGCAGUACAUAUCAAGCUCAUAAAAUGCAAUGUUGAGGGCCUCAUGAUACCUAAUCCGUGGAGUAAUAGCGAACCAGUGUUGAAAUACCAGGUACGGAUUGUGUUUGGUUAUCGCGUCAUGUAUGUCCAAAUGAGGCAUAAAGGGAAGAGCGAUCCGAGGUUCUAUAACAUGUACUGUGUGCCGUACAGGGCUUCCGGACAAAGUCGUCCAGUCCGCAACAGAAAUAGUCUUAUAGCCCCGCAAAAUCCGAACUAUGGGGCCGGAUCUUAUCAACUACCGGUCUCCUACGAGCCUGAUGGGCCGUUAUAUCCAUCUGCUUAG